UACAUUCUGACUCCUCCGAGCUAUAUCUACCUCUCAUCACACCAGACUGGAACAGCUAGAUGGUCUCUCUCCGGCCUGUCCGGCCCUGCAUCUCAUCCUGGUCAAUUUCAACAUCCCUCAUACGCUCGCAUCCCCGCCACUACGAGACCAUGUCGGACAGAACAGCCCGAAACCCCCCGCAGAAGAAGGAGAAGAGGCCUCCGCUAACCCACUUUCUUUGUCUACCACUCAUCAAUCCCAUCUCACUUCCUCAGCUCGAGUCGUCCCUAGCGACAUUCAAAGCUGCCAUUCCUCCCAAACCAGGAGCGGAGCAGCAGACCAACCCCACCCUACGAGAACUGCUCUCCAAACAACCCCUCAUCCCCCAUGGCGCCCUCCGCCCCGUGGGCACUCUUCACCUAACCCUAGGUGUUAUGAGCCUGCCCACAAAAGACCGACUCAACGAGGCUAUCAACUUCCUUCAAUCCCUCGAUCUAGUCUCCAUGCUCCGCGAUGCUGAAAAAUCCGCAAACAGGCCACGAGGGAAAAGACCACUCUCACCAGAAGCAGUUGAAAAGAAACCUUGCACUACAUCGCAAGACAAGAACAUUGCUGUUCCUAGCCCUUUUACUAUCUCUCUCGAAUCCCUCCAUGCCCUCCCCCGCGCAAAGGCCGCUACAGUCCUGCACGCAGCCCCUGUGGACACUACCUCGCGCUUAUAUCCCUUCUGCGAGAGACUGCGCGAUAAGUUCCUCGAGGCUGGGCUCCUGCAGGGCGAGACUAAGCCAGAUGCUUCUGCUGGGGAAGCAACGUCCAAACCCCCUCCAGCUGACGGACCAUUCCUCCCGGUAGAAGGGCCCGUCGAGGGUGUCGCAGAAUCGCGCACACCAAACAGUCCGAGAUCGAAACGUGAAGGAAAGUCGCAGCAUGUACGACCUCUUCUGCUACAUGCUACGAUCGCGAAUACGAUCUACGUGAAAGGGAAACGACGUGGGGGUGGUGGCGGUGGUGGUCAGCAGGGGAGCAAGAACCAUCGGAGUAGUCAAUAUACAUUCGAUGCGCGAGACAUUCUCGCUCAUUAUCGGGACUACUAUCUCGAUGCGGAGAGGACGGUUCCCCGGUCUGGAGAGAUACAUGUUCGGGAGAGCUCAAAUGAGGACGCUGAUCUUACGAACAACAGUGACUCUGGAGCGGAAGCAGAGAGUAUCAAGACCGUACCCGCGGGGAAGAAACAGAAAGCAACACCCGCUACUUCAAAACCGUUUGUGUGGGCAAGGGACUUCCCCAUCGAAACAGUCUGUAUCUGUGAGAUGGGGGCGAAGAAACUUGAUCCCCAGGAAGACGACGAUGGAUUGAAUGCGCGGCUUGGGGAGAAAUAUCGGGUUGUUGCGGAGAGAAGCUUGCAGUUUGAGACUCCGGAUACGCAGGAGGAUGAACAGGGGAAUAGUAGUGACGGCAGCUUGGAAGGGGGCGUGCAGGUCUGAGGUAAUUUCUGUUGUAGAUAGACGAUAGGAUCAGAUCGCAUUGUGUAUAUAGAGGUAACGGGAUAACGGAUGGAUGAAUGACCCAACUAAUCGACCG